AGAGAGAAAAGAGCGAGAGAGGGGAGAGAGAGAGGCGAGAGCAGGUAUUUGUUUGAAUAUGUAUUAUUAAGUGUUUGUGAGUAUUGUGAGUAUUACUAUAAGUGCAAGCUGUGUGUGUGUGAGUGAUUGUUUGUGUGUGAGAGUGUGUGUACGAGUUGUGUGUGAGUGAUGGAGGUUUCCAUGGCGACCCUGUUGGUGUCUCUCUGGAUGAAGACGUUGUUGAACUCGGUGGUGUUGUUGGUGCAGAAAGGUCAUGUGGGGCGGAGCUUUUGGGGCGUGUUCUGCGUGUCGGUGGCGUUGGGCGACGCCCUCCUGCACCUGGGCUUUACCUGCAUGUACCUGGUGAGAGACGUUCAGGUGUUCGGGCUGCACCUCACUAAGUACCACAUGUGUGUCAUGGUGCAGGCGGCGUGUUCCGUUCAGGGACUUUUGCACUGGCCCGUCUUCAUCCUCUCUGGACUGGACGUCCUGUGGAGUUCACGCUGUCCCCGUCCUCGUCCCGCGCUGAUGCCGGUCCAUACCGCCGUCGUCUUCCUGCUGUGGACUCUGUCCGUGUGGUUUGUCUUCACCAUCCCUGAUUCCCACCCGCUGACCAGAGACGAGGACGAUCACCUCGCCCUGCAGCACUGUCACGUGAUGGGCGGGGCUCAGAGUCGCCAGGUGGCCUGGGCGUCGCUCUUCUUACUGGUGGGCACGGCCUGUUACAUACGUUCUGGUAGGAGUCCGAACGCCGAUCAACUGAGGGAGCGCUUGUGUCACUUCCAGUCCACCUGGAGCUCCUUCCUGCUCCUGCUGCUCUUCGUCUUGGUGUCCGGGACAGAAGUUCCUCCUUACCUGGACAUGAACGUCGUGUGGCUGUGUUUCAUUCACAGUCUGCACACUGCAGCAGCCCUGAGGAGCUGCAGCUGUGUCUUCUGCACUCAACUGCACGACCACACGGGGAGGAUCUGCACAUGUCUCACACACACGUCACACACACACGUCUGCUUCCUGACAGACAAAUCCAGUAUCAACGCCGAGACACUUUCAGCACAGAUGCUUCAGACACACACACUUGCCUGAUGGAGUUAGGGUUCGUUUUCACUGCCUUUUGGAUGUACCUGAUCUUCUCCAUGCUGGACCUUCUUCAGCUGUGUGUAAAACACUUCUGCGGCACGGAACAUGACCACGUCAGACUGCCAGACAAUGGAGCAUGUAAAUUAAUGAUAUCUGAUUUAAUAUUUAUGCCAUGUACAGCAUGUAAUUUAACUUUCACAGUACGGUACAUGCUAGCUUUAUUUACUGAGCUUCUCUCUCACACACACACACACACACACACACACACACACACACACACACACACUCACAGUGUAACUGCUCCUGUACAUAUAGAAGGGUUUCGAAUUGUAUUUAAUGCCUACAAGUGAAAUCCUGUCUGAAAGCUAGCUCUCAAAUUUACAAUCCUCCGUCCACUAGAUGGCCAUCUCGGACGCCAUGUUGCUCUCCAACACCUGGAGGAUCUGUGAGGUGAUUUUGUAUUUUUAUCGUGAGCUUUAAACUAAGAAUCUUAAACUGUACAUUAGAAUGUAUGAUUCCUUUGAUCGCUUUGAAGACCAACAUUCGUCCAAACAUUUCACACAUCCCCUUCUCAAAUCUUAAACAUAUAAUAGUUUGGGUUUUUAUCUGACACUGGAGACUCCUUCCAUACACGUUCUAUAAAAAACUCACUGUGAAUGACCUGUUGCUAAAAAGCGCUACCGCGCGAGACCGAGAACUUGAAUAUAAGCUGUGAUUUUGCAGUGUUUCUAUGUGUGCGUGUAUACAGCGCCCCCGUGUGGACAAUACGGCGUUAACAACAUACUGACCACAAAGCUAUCGAUGAAAAAGAUAAAAGUAACACACACACACACACAUUGUAAAGAAUUUUAAUUAUAUUUAAGUUCGUCAUGUGUACAGGCUGUAUUUUCUCCAGAGGUGCACACACACACUACAUAUUUUAUAAGCUGUAAAUAUUUUUCAUCUUGUAUAAAAUGUCUCUUAUUAUAUAUUUCUGUGUUAACAUGAGGUAGGAGUGCAGCGUCUUUAAUUAUCAUGCAGCACUGAAAUCAACCCCCCAAAAAAAAAA